GGCCUGCACUUGAGUAUAAAACCGUGCGCGCCGACGUCUGCGUCCUUUUCCCUGCCUAUCCCGAACUGCGGUAGGCAGUGUACUCACUGGGUGUUACGUUCUCCGAAAGCGAAUCGUAAACCAUCUGUCAAAAUGGUGAAUUUUACCGUAGACCAGAUCCGUGCCAUCAUGGACAAGAAGUCCAACAUCCGAAACAUGUCUGUGAUCGCGCACGUAGACCACGGGAAAUCCACCCUGACAGACUCCCUGGUGUCCAAGGCUGGCAUCAUCGCCUCUGCCCGCGCCGGGGAGACGCGUUUCACGGACACGCGCAAAGAUGAGCAGGAGCGCUGCAUCACCAUCAAGUCCACUGCCAUUUCUAUGUUCUAUGAGCUAAGUGAGAAUGAUCUGGCCUUCAUCAAGCAGUGCAAGGAUGGCUCUGGUUUCCUGAUCAACCUCAUCGACUCUCCGGGUCACGUCGACUUCUCCUCCGAGGUGACGGCUGCCCUUCGUGUCACCGAUGGUGCCCUGGUGGUUGUGGACUGCGUGUCGGGUGUGUGUGUGCAGACCGAGACUGUGCUGAGACAGGCAAUUGCUGAGAGGAUCAAGCCUGUGCUGAUGAUGAACAAGAUGGACCGUGCCCUGCUGGAGCUGCAGCUGGUGCCGGAGGAGCUCUACCAGACCUUCCAGAGGAUCGUGGAGAACGUGAACGUCAUCAUCUCCACUUACGGCGAGGAUGAGGGUGGACCCAUGGGCAACAUCAUGAUCGACCCGGUUGUCGGCACAGUGGGCUUUGGUUCUGGUCUGCACGGCUGGGCCUUCACCCUGAAACAGUUUGCUGAGAUGUAUGUGGCUAAGUUCGCCGCCAAGGGGGAGGGGCAGCUGGGGCCGGCCGAGCGCUGUAAGAAGGUGGAGGACAUGAUGAAGAAGCUGUGGGGGGACAGGUUCUUUGACCCAGCCACUGGCAAAUUCAGCAAGUCCGCCAUUGGCCCUGAUGGCAAGAAGCUUCCCCGUACCUUCGCUCAGCUCAUCCUGGACCCUAUCUUCAAGGUGUUCGAUGCCAUUAUGAACUUCAAGAAGGACGAGACGGCCAAGCUGAUCGAGAAGCUGGACAUCAAGCUGGACGCUGAGGAUAAGGAUAAGGAGGGCAAGCAGCUGCUGAAGGCGGUGAUGCGCCGCUGGCUCCCCGCUGGAGAGGCCCUGCUGCAGAUGAUCACCAUCCACCUGCCCUCCCCUGUCACGGCUCAGAAGUACCGCUGCGAGCUGCUGUAUGAGGGCCCCGGCGACGACGAGGCUGCCAUGGGUAUCAAGAACUGCGACCCCAAAGCCCCCUUGAUGAUGUACAUCUCCAAAAUGGUGCCCACCACUGACAAGGGCCGCUUCUAUGCCUUCGGCCGUGUCUUCUCCGGCUGCGUGUCCACCGGUCUGAAGGUGCGCAUCAUGGGACCAAAUUACACUCCUGGAAAGAAGGAGGACCUGUAUCUCAAACCCAUCCAGAGGACCAUCCUUAUGAUGGGUCGGUACGUGGAACCCAUUGAGGAUGUCCCAUGCGGGAACAUUGUGGGUUUGGUGGGCGUGGACCAGUUCCUGGUGAAGACGGGUACUAUCACCACCUUCGAGCAGGCCCACAACAUGCGCGUGAUGAAGUUCAGCGUCAGCCCUGUAGUGAGGGUGGCCGUGGAGGCCAAAAACCCAGCGGACCUGCCCAAGCUGGUGGAAGGCCUGAAACGCCUGGCCAAGUCAGACCCCAUGGUGCAGUGCAUCAUCGAGGAGUCUGGUGAGCACAUCAUCGCUGGAGCUGGAGAGCUGCAUUUGGAGAUCUGUCUUAAGGACUUGGAGGAGGACCAUGCCUGCAUUCCACUGAAGAAAUCAGACCCUGUGGUGUCCUACAGAGAGACCGUGAGCGAGGAAUCCGACCAGAUGUGCUUGUCCAAGUCCCCCAACAAGCACAACCGGCUGUACAUGCGCGCCCGGCCCUUCCCCGAUGGCCUGGCAGAGGACAUAGAGAAGGGAGAUGUGUCAUCACGGCAGGAGCUCAAGGCUCGCGCUCGCUACCUCGCCGACAAGUACGAGUGGGAGGUGACUGAGGCUCGUAAGAUCUGGUGCUUUGGACCUGAUGGGACGGGACCCAACGUCCUGGUGGAUGUGACCAAGGGAGUGCAGUACCUGAAUGAGAUCAAGGACAGCGUUGUGGCUGGUUUCCAGUGGGCAACCAAGGAGGGUGCCCUGUGUGAAGAGAACAUGCGCGCCGUUCGCUUCGACAUCCACGACGUGACUCUGCACGCAGACGCCAUCCACCGUGGUGGCGGUCAGAUCAUCCCCACUGCCCGCAGAGUGCUCUACGCCUGCCAGCUCACUGCUGCCCCGCGCCUUAUGGAGCCUAUCUACCUGGUGGAGAUCCAGUGCCCAGAGCAAGUGGUUGGUGGAAUCUAUGGUGUGCUGAACAGGAAGCGUGGGCACGUGUUUGAGGAGGCCCAGGUGACGGGCACGCCCAUGUUCAUCGUCAAGGCCUACCUGCCAGUCAAUGAGUCAUUUGGUUUCACAGCAGAUCUGCGCUCCAACACCGGAGGGCAGGCCUUCCCACAGUGUGUGUUUGACCACUGGCAGAUUCUCCCCGGCGACCCCAGCGACUCCACCUCCAGGCCCUUUCAGAUUGUUGCAGAGACCCGCAAGCGCAAGGGGCUGAAAGAGGGCAUCCCAGCCCUGGACAACUACUUGGACAAGUUGUAAAUGUCAUUUCAUUCUCCCUUCCUUCAACCCCCACUCUCUUUCCUCCUGAUCAAUCUGAGUGAUGGACUGGACUGUACCAUACAUGGCCAUCAGAACACUUGCCAGCUUGCAAACUGAUUUCAUCAGUUAAUGGGAAUAAAAUAAACAAAUUCCAGAUUGAAUGUUAA